UUUACCAAUGUGAAUACCUCUUUAACCUAAGUCCGUAAGGCGUAAGAUAUUGGACUGUAUCUGAAGACCUAGAAAUCCACAUCAAAUAAAAUCGCAAACAAAUGAAUAUAAACAACAACUUGGGAAGGUUAUCGCAUUGGACCAGACCGGACUAUUACUCGAGGUAACAAGUAGACAAAACAAUGACAAAAGUAAUGAAAGGGAGUCCAGCAGGUGGAGAUUCACCUCAAGAAAAUGCAAAUCAAGUAGGCCAACAAAAUACACCUGAAGCUCAAGUACCACAAAAUAAUCCUGCACCUCAGUUAUCUCCCCCUCCACAGACAGUUGAGGGUUUUAGUAACCAAGGUGUAUCACCUACUCAGCAUGACGAAGCCGGUCAGGGGGAUACCCCCGUACCUCUUGGGGAUGAUCAAGAAGCUGAUUUUCCCCUUGUGGAACUAAGUAAAUUAGAUGAAAUGAUCAAUCGACCUAGAUGGGUGGUACCUGUUUUACCCAAAGGAGAAUUAGAAGUUUUACUGGAAGCCUCAAUCAAACUUAGUAAAGAAGGGUUAGAUUUGCGAAGUGAAGCAUGUCAGAGAUUUUUUAGAGAAGGAUUAACUAUUUCAUUUACUAAGAUAUUAACAGAUGAAGCUGUUAGUGGAUGGAAAUAUGAUAUACAUAGAUGUAUAUUGAAAAAUGCUGAGAAAUUAAUAGAGUUAUGUGUAGUAAAACUAUCACAAGACUGGUUCCCAUUGUUAGAAUUAUUAGCCAUGGUGCUUAACCCUCAGUGCAAAUUUCAUUUAUAUAAUGGUACCAGACCUUCUGAUACUGCACCAUCUGGUACACCAGUAGCAGAAGAAACUUUGUUUGCUAGACAAACAGAUCAACGAACACCAAGAGGUUGGCUGGUUGAUUUGAUCAAUAGAUUUGGUCAAUUGGGUGGUUUCCAGAUUAUGUUAGAUAGAUUCACUAAAAGUAGUUCACUAUCAGUUCCUAUUAUAGCUGCUCUCAUAAAGCCAUUUGGUCAGUGUGCUGAAGUUUUAACAAGUGCUACAGUUCAGAAAUAUUUUAUGCCUAUAGUUGAAAUUGUACCAACUGUACUAGACAAAUUAACAGAUGAAGAAUUAAAAAAAGAGUCGAAAACAGAAGCAAAGAAUGAUGCCUUGUCAUCCAUUAUUAAAGCGUUAAAACAGUUAGUUUAUAGAUUACCAAAUCAAGAAGAAACCGUCAAAAAUCUAGAAAUAUUUCGAUUAAAAAUGAUAUUAAGAUUAUUACAAAUUUCCUCGUUUAAUGGUAAAAUGAAUGCUCUAAAUGAAGUUAAUAAAGUUAUAACAAAUGUAUCAUUCCACGCCACAAGACAUCAACAAAUAGAAGAAGAUGAAUGGUUGACGGCAGAAAAAAUGGCUGAAUGGAUACAACAGAACAAUGUUUUAUCUAUUGUAUUACGUGAUAGUCUUCAUCAGCCACAAUAUGUCGAAAAAUUAGAAAAAAUAUUACGCUUUAUGAUCAAAGAAAAAGCAUUAACAAUAGAAGAUUUGGAUCGUUUAUGGGAAGCUCAGUCUGGUAAACAUGAUGCUAUAGUGAAGAAUGUCCAUGAUUUAUUAGCCAAAUUAGCCUGGGAUUUUACAGCUGAACAGUUAGAUCAUUUAUUUGAGUGUUUUCAGGGAAGUUGGAAUAAUGCCAGUAAGAAACAAAGAGAGAAAUUAUUAGAGUUAAUACGUAGAUUAGCAGAAGAUGAUAAAGAAGGGGUUAUGGCUCACAAGGUUUUGACAUUGUUAUGGAAUCUAGCUCACAGUGAUGAGGUACCCACAGAAAUAAUGGACCAGGCUUUAACUUCACAUAUAAAGAUAUUAGAUUAUAGUUGUUCUCAGGAUCGAGAUAAUCAGAAGAUGCAGUGGAUAAAUCGUUUCGUUGAAGAAUUAAAAAAUGAUAAAUGGGUUCUUCCAUCUUUAAAACAGAUAAGAGAAAUAUGUCAACUCUUUCCUGAGGCACCUCAAAACUUUCCCCACACACAGCGUGCUGCUCAUAUGUAUUAUAGAAAUAAUGUUAUUAGUCAAUUACAAGGACAACAUUCUAUUGUGAUGUUAGUCUCACAGAAUUUAUCAGCGUAUAUGAACAAAGCUAGACAGUAUAAUAAAGAAAAUCCAGAAGAAGAUCCAGCUUCAAUAAAUCCAGAUGGUAGAUUUAAUCACAAUGUACAAGUCCAAGAAAGAUUACGAUUUUUAAGAUUUUUAUUAAAAGAUGGACAGUUAUGGCUGUGUGAACCUCAAGCUAGACAGAUUUGGCAUUGUUUAGCAGAAAAUGCUAUAUAUUUUUCUGACAGAGAAGCUUGUUUUAAAUGGUUUGCUAAAUUAAUGGGAGAAGAACCUGAUCUCGAUCCUGAAAUAACUCGUGAUUUUUUUGAAAAGAAUAUUUUACAACUAGAUCCUAGUUUAUUAACAGAACAUGGCAUGAAUUGCUUUGAAAGAUUUUUUAAGCAAGUUAAUCUGAAAGAAAAUAAAUUAAUAGCUAAGCGGCGAGGAGGUCACAUGAUGGAUGAUAUGGAGCUGAUUGGUUUAGAUUAUUUAUGGAGGGUGGUGUUAUUGAGCCCAGACGAUGUAGCAGAGAAAGCUAUUAUACUAUUAAAAGAUAUUUUUACUAAUCUAAGUCCACGUUUACAACAAAGUCAAGUAGAAAUACAUGAAGAUUUUAUACAGUCGUGUAUAGAUAGGUUAAAAGCGUUAUUUGAUACGGUAUCAGUGCUAGAGAAAGAUAAAGACUCUAUUAGUCGUGUAAUGCAAGAGACAAUACGUAUGGUGAGAAUUCUAACAGUUUUAAAGGAAUAUGUAGCAGAAUGUGAUGAAGCUUACGGUGAAGAAAGAAUGAUUCUACCACUUAGCAGAGCAUGUAAAGGAAAGCUUGUUACUUUAAAAGUGCGAUUUCCCAAUCAAGGUCGUCAAGUAGAAGAUUUAGAAAUAUUUUCACAUACUAAUGAUACAGUAGGUUCGUUACGAAGACAGAUUUUACAGCGUGUUAAAGCUAGUGCUAAUAAUGUUAAAGUCGAGUUGUUUUUGAAUGCUGAACAGAUUGAAACAGUAGAUGACAAGAAGUUAAUUUCACAUGUACCAUUACGAGAUAAAAUGACUAUUACAGCUAAAUUAGUACAAGCAAAUAGUAAUAUGCCAUCCAGUCCUGAUAGUAGUUCCGAUAGUUCUGUUGGCUCACCACAUAACGCCUACGAUGGACCAAAUAUAGAAGCUGAACAAUCUUUACCUGGUGUGUUAAUGUCUCAAACAGUAAAAUAUUGCCAGUUUUUGUUUCAACUAUCAGAUUUAGGGUGUCAAUUACAAGUACCUAAAUUACGAGAUACAGCUCGACAUGUUUUAAAAUUAAUGCCUGCAGAUCAGAACGUCAUAGAAAAAUUCCGCAAUAUAUGUGCUGAGACUAAUCAAGUUGAUGGUGGUAUAUCACCUUCACUAGAAGCCAUGUUUUUUAAUGAUUCUCCAACGCAAGUAUUAUAUAAUAUAGAGGUUUUGUACAGUUUACUGAUGCCAGCUUUAGAUCCAUUAUCAGAAGAAGCUUUUGAAUUUCAGUAUAAUUUUGAACGUAGUGGCGGAGUUGCUUUAUCGAUGAACAUGUUAACUAAAAACAAUUUUUUACCAAGUGUAGAACUACCGACUAGAAGAGCAUCAUAUGUGACAGUAUUAAAGAUAUGUAAAUUAAUGUUAACUACAGUAGGCCAUGCUAAAGUACAGGUUGUAGUUGAUGCUUGCCAUAGUGAAUCGGGAACAUCGACUAUUACUGUUGUUGAACAUAAUCAAGCUGUAGCGUUACAACAAACAUUAGUGCAUAUACCUAGUCCAGAUUCAGAAUGUACAACUAGAAGUGUAGCUCUUAGACUUGGUCAACAUUUGGGACAGCAAGCCACAUGUAUUUUACCAGAUUUAUCAACAGUUAAAGCCAUACAGAAAAUAGCAUGGGCUGCUAGUAGUUCAUCUUUACAUUUAGUACAUGCCUCUAAUGAAGAUAUUCAUAAAGCACAUGAAAAGGUUAAAGAAAGUGUGGCACCAGAUUGUGAAGAUAUGGUGGUAGCUAGAGAAGCUAUGGAAGUUUUAACUGUAUGUCUGGCACUCUGUCCGUCUGCUUUAGAAUCAUUAAAUAAAGAUAAAGCCUGGCAGAGUUUUAUUACAGAUUUAUUACUUAUAUGUAAAUCAAGUCGAGAUGUAAGAAAGUGUGCUGGAGACCAGUUUUUUUUAAUGGCUACUAAAUGUAGCACCAGUCAUCGCCCUCUUGUCUUUCUGAUUACUUUACUAUUUACAGUGCUAACUUCCACAGCAAAGGAAUAUGCCAAACAGUCCCAUGAGUACUUUCAAUUAUUGUGCAAGUUAUUGGGUUAUGCUUGUGCAAGUGAAACAACUCUUCCAACAGCAGAAGCUCUGCUCAAUAAUGAAAUAGUGUGGUUAAAAGGUGUAAAGGAACAAGUGGCUACAUCAGGUGAAUUGCAAACAGAAGAAGCUCUUUUAGAAGGUCAUUUAGGUAUUACACGUGAACUGUUAGCGUUUCAAUCUUGUGAUAAAAAAUAUAAAAUUGGAUCUGAAAAUGGAGGAGAUAAUUUAAUCAAGGAAAUUGUGGAGGAUUUUGUUUUCCCAGCCUCAAAAAUGAUGUUAAAUUGUCAAACGGAAUCUGGUGAAUUUCCUGCUGAAGAGGCCAUACCUGUUUGUUCUUCUUCAUCAACAAUUAUACCUGCAUUUGAUUUAUUAGUAGCUUUAUGUACAGCUUGUUUACCUAAUCUACAAUAUUUAGUUUCUGUGAUAAUAGAUAUGUAUUACACUAAUGAUCCUGCACUUACAGAAUGGGAAUAUUUACCACCUGUAGGUCCACGACCUCCCAAAGGUUUUGUUGGUUUAAAGAAUGCUGGCGCCACAUGUUAUAUGAAUUCUGUGCUGCAACAAAUUUUUAUGAUAGAACCUGUAAGAAUUGGUAUAUUAGGUGUAGAGGGAGCAGCUGAUGAUUUUGAUGAUGAUAGUAAUGAUGAGAAAACCGAGUGUGAGACAAAUAUAGAUAUUGGUAUAGGUGAUGAUGAAAGGAAGGAAGAAGAGAAAGGAACGAGAGAAGAAGAAAGAAAAGAUUAUGAUAUGGGUGUUUUAAAACAAAUACAAUAUAUAUUUGGUCAUUUAGCUGCUAGUAAACUACAAUAUUUUGUUCCUAGAGGCUUUUGGAAACAUUUCAAGUUAUGGGGUGAACCAGUUAAUUUACGAGAACAACACGAUGCAUUAGAAUUUUUUAAUAGUUUGGUUGAUAGUUUAGAUGAAUCACUGAAAGCCUUGAACCAACCAACAGUCAUGUCUAAUAUAUUAGGAGGAUCAUUCGCUGAUCAAAAAAUUUGUAAAGACUGUCCUCACAGAUAUCAGAGAGAGGAGGCCUUUACAACAUUAAAUGUGGAUAUCAGAAAUCAUCAGAAUUUAUUUGAAUCUUUAGAACAGUAUGUUAAAGGAGAUUUAUUAGAAGCUGGUAAUGCCUACUAUUGUGAAAAAUGUAACAAAAAGGUUGAUACUGUAAAAAGACUAGUGAUACGUAAAUUACCAAAGGUUUUAGCAAUUCAAUUAAAACGCUUUGACUAUGACUGGGAAAGGGAAUGUGCAAUUAAAUUUAAUGAUUACUUUGAAUUUCCCCGUGAAUUUGAUAUGGAGCCUUACACUGUACAAGGAUUAGCUAAAAUAGAAGGUGAAAUUAUAGAUGAUGAAUGUCAGGAAAAAGUACAGAAUACUAAAUACAGAUUAAUAGGAGUAGUUGUACAUAGCGGACAAGCUAGUGGCGGUCAUUAUUAUUCCUAUAUAUUUCAUAGGGGUGCUACUGAUCCAGCAGCUAAAUGGUAUAAAUUUGACGAUGGUGAUGUUACUGAAUGUAAGAUGGAUGAUGAUGAGGAAAUGAAGAAUCAAUGUUUUGGUGGUGAAUAUUUAGGUGAAGUAUAUGACCAUAUGUUAAAAAGAUCUGCAUUUCGUCGCCAGAAAAGAUGGUGGAAUGCUUAUAUUUUAUUCUAUGAAGGAAUUCCAGAAACUCCCGAAGGAGAAAAAGAUAUUAUUAAAGAAUUUGAAAAAAUUUCUAUUGGUAAUCCAAUUACUGCAGUGAAAAUGCCAAAAACAAUAGAAAGUCGAGUUAAAAAACAAAAUAUUUUAUUCAUGCAUGAGAAAAUCCACUUUUCCGUAGAAUAUUUCCAGUUUAUAAAAAAAUUAUUGAUGUGUAAUCAUCUUAUAUUAACACAGGCAAUCACAGAUAGACUGACUCCUGAUGCUGAGAAGAUAGCAAUGAUUAGUGUGGAGCUGGCCUCCAAAUUUGUAUUUAAUGUAGGAUUUCAUACAAAGAAAACAAUUAGAGGUCCUGCCAGUGAUUGGUAUGAUGCAUUACACAUGCAUAUACGAUGUAGUAAAUCUGUACGCAACUGGUUUGCACAUAAUAUAUUAUUUGCACAGCCAUCACGCUUUGCUGAAUAUUUAUUAGAAUGUCCAAGUUCAGAAGUACGAAGUGCUUUUGCCAAGAUUAUUGUGAUAUUAGCUCACUUUUCUUUACAAGAUGGCCCCUGUCCACCUCCAUUAGUUCAAGGAUUAUAUGUUCAAGGGCAAGCCGCUGAUCCAAAUGCUACAUUAAGUGAUCAUCUAUUGAUGGCAGUGUUAUCAUUACUCCGUAAAGAAGUAUCAGAACAUGGCCGACACUUACAACAGUAUUUCCAUCUUUUCUUGAUGUAUCUAAACCUAGGAGUAGCUGAGAAACAACAACUAAUAAAGUUAACAGUACCCACAUUAUUUAUGGCUGUUGCAUUAGAUGAAGGUCCAGGUCCACCAAUAAAAUAUCAAUAUGCCGAACUAGGCAAACUCUUCUCAGUUGUCUCUUUAUUAGUAAGAUGUUGUGAUAUAUCUCAUAGAUGUCAGUCUUCUAUCAGUGGUUCACCACCUAUCACAAAUAUUCAUGGUGAUGUAUCCGGUUUACAGUUACCUAUACCGUCUCAAGUAGAAGAGAUGUUAUUUAGUAGAACUAGUUAUGUGAAGAAAUUAAUAGAAGACUGUAAUAAUACAGAUGAUACUACUAAAUUAUUAAAGUAUUGCUGUUGGGAAAAUCCUCAUUUUUCAUCAACUGUACUUAGUGAACUCCUAUGGCAGGUUGCUUAUUCUUGUACCUAUGAAUUACGUCCUUAUCUUGAUCUACUUUUACAAAUGUUAAUGUUAGAAGAUUCCUGGCAGAAUCAUAGAAUACACAAUGCUCUCAAAGGGGUACCAGAAGAUAGAGAUGGUUUAUUUGAUACAAUACAGAGAUCUAAAAAUCAUUAUCAAAAACGUGCUUAUCAAUGUAUUAAAAUGAUGGUCACUUUAUUUACCCAUUGCGGCCCUGCAGCAAAUAUGUUUCAAACAAAUGGAGAUCUAAAGAGAAAAUGGAGUUGUGCUGUUGAUUGGUUAAAUGAUGAAUUGGAAAGAAGACAGUAUCCUGGUAAUGCCCAAUAUACAUAUAAUAACUGGUCACCUCCAGCACAAUCUAAUGAAACAUCUAAUGGGUACUUUUUGGAGAGGUCACAAAGUGCUAGAAUGACUCUUGCUAAAGCUUUUGAACUUUGCCCAGAAGAGGAGGAAGAAGGAGAAGCUGUGGUCGAAGAUGUAGAAAAUAAUCAAAGUGAGGAAACUUCCUUGACUUCAACCUCAACUCAUCAAGCUGCUGUUUCCGUUAAUAGUAAUAUACAACCUCCGUUACAAAAUAACCAAGUUCAGAUGCAUUCAACACAUAGUACCCCUAGUAACCAGAUAAACAACCAAUUUAAUCAACCUGAACAAGGUCAGGAAGGUCAAAGUUCAUCAACCAGUCAGACGCCGCCUGUUACUAAAGAACCAGCGGCAGAUGACACCAAAAAAUCUUCUCACAUUAUACUUAGUUAAUUAGAACUCAUUUUUUAAACACACAUUAGAUUAGUCAUUAUGGUUAUUUUUGAUAAAGACUUUCCCAGAGAAAAAAAGGCAAUAUUCUAUUGUUCAGUUCUUAAGAUUAAAUUUAGAAUAAAAUGAUUCUAAGUCUGAACCUAAGAUGUAUAUCUUUUGAACUGCAGAGGUCCUACACAUGAAUUUUUCAAUGAAAGUCUGAUGUGAUUGAUAAGAGCACUAAAGAAGAAAAAAAGGAAAUGUCUUAAAAUAUAGUGAUAGUAAUAAUUAAAUUACCGAUUCUAUAUUAAUUGUGUGCAAAUUGAUAUCAUAAUUUUAAUACCUGUUUCUUAGAACUCUUUGACUCGCUUUUAAAAUAACACUUAAAUUUUGUUUAAGUUAAUACUCAACUCAAGUACAAUUCUAAUGAUUAUUAAAAUUACAAUCCAGUUAGAAAUAUUUUGUAUAAAAUCCUGUAUUAUUUCUUGAAGUGAUAGAAGAAGGGCAGUUCAAGGACAGAUAUACAUGAUAUUGUUAUGCCCGAAAAUUGCACAAAAUGUCUAGUUGGAAUAGUUUUGAAAUGAAAAUCAGGCAGUAGACGAUAAUAUAGUGUGUAUCUUAUAUGUAAAUGUAUGAGCCUAAACAAUACAAGAUAUUAUUAAUAUGAUAAUAUACACAUCAAUUGUAUAUAAUAUUACUGAGAGCAAAGCUUUAAUUAAUAAACAGGUAAUAAUGUAUGGUUGCAGUUAUGUAUGGUAUAUGAUGGUAUAUUAUCAUCCCUAAUAAUUACUAGUAAUCUUUAUAGUGCUAUUAGUAAAAUAUUGCAUUGUUAGGCAAUGACAUAUUGUACAAGACAUAAUUUUUGCCAUCUAUAGUCUUUUUACUUUAUUUUUUUAAAAAUGGCUAUAUUACUAUUCUGAUCCAGAAUUUGAUGAUUGAAAAGAUUUGGCAUUUAGUAAUACAUGGUUUGGUCAUCUGCCAAUAUUGUCAACAUUGAUCAAUUAAAGUAUUUUCAAAUUCGUUACUUGUGAAAUGUCAAAAGUGUUAUUACAGAUACAUUUAUUGUAACUGUUGACCAGAGAAACCAAUUGAUACAAGUAACUAUUUUCUCUCAGCAUGACUCUAAAACAAAGAUCAAAUCGUUUAAAAAAUUUAAGUUGAAAGAAAAAAGGUCUCCUUCUUUAGUUUCGUUUUGUUUUCUUUGCUGAAAAUUGACUUCCAUUUAGAUCUAUCUUUUUUUCUCUAAUCCAAAUUUAUACAUGAAUAUAUGUUGCUUGAGUCAUACAUAAAUGAGAUGAAAAUGUUAGGAGUGUUUUUUGUGUCCUAAUCUUUUUAUCUUGAAUGUCUGAGUAAAUUUUAAAAUUUAUAUAGAUUUGAAACUGCAAGUAGUGUUAGAUUUAUUUAUUUUCUCAAUAUGAAAAAAAGAUGAACUAUUUAUAAAAAAGACCAGCCUGUAAAUAUAGUAUAAAUAUUAUAAACGUUAAAUAGCUGUAUUAUAGUUUUAACAAUGUCUAUAGUAUAUAGAGAUUAAUUAACAACUACCAUAAACUUAGUCCAGAUAUUAGGUAUAGGCUUCUGUAUGUUCAAUAUAUCUUUGUAAAAUAAAAUAAUCUGCCUUCCUGUCAUGGAUCGUAGAAAUAGAAGAAUGCGAAAGAUACCUGCAAUCAUAUUAAUCUCGUUAUAAAGACGAUGAUUUUUGUUACAACGUUGUGUAUAUUUUAUUUAUGUUGAUGUUCAUUUGUAAGUUAUUGUAUUCAUUUGAUAAUUGUUGAUUUAGUGCUAGUUAAAGGGGUGCAGCCACAUGUUUAUUAUUACUGUAUGUACACACUUUAUAGUCAAAAUAUAUUGAUUGAAAAGUUAUCUUUCUUUCUUUCUUCCUUCCUAGUUGAAUUGUAUAGAAAAUAUUGCUGAUACUUUGACCAAAAAAUAAAAGUAGUGUUUGUAAAAAUAACUAAAUCGACAUACUUUAUAGUACUGUGGUUAUAAAAUAUUACCUGUGUUAAUAUUAUAUAAUCGAAAUAGGAAAAAUAUUGAAGCCUAUGAUAUUUUAACAUCUAAUUAAAAACUAAUUCAAAUGCAUGACUUUUUCCCCUCAAUUUCCAGUCUUUAUGAAAUGAAAACAAUUAGUUGAUUUAUUUUCUACUUUUGAAAAAAUUGUCAUUUUACUAAUGCAUGUAGGACUGAGCAUAUUGUUUGGACUUUGCAUGCAUGCAGGUGCUUAUUCAAAGCUUCCUGCAAAAUGUAAUAUUUUCUCAUAUGGGAGUUAAUGCUAUUUUAAAUAUUAUACAUCUCAAAAAGCUUUAUAUAAAAGAUAAUUCGAAGUCAACCAUUUUGCUACCCAUGUAAAUAUCUGCUUAAUUGUAGUUGUAAAUAGUCUAAGAUUUUUGUUUUCAUGUGUACAUGUAUAUUGCAACAAGUGAUAACUUUUUUGUAAACUAUAAAAAAGCUUAUUUUAACUAGGUGAACAGCCUAUUGAAGCUUUGUGUACAUUUUGAACAUAUGUCCGAUUGGAAGGUAGAUGUUAUGUUGUUAAGAAGCAUAUGUGCUUUAAUAUCAUUUGUGUGUUUAUAUGUAACUUUAAAAAAACUGAUGUUAAUCAUAAUAUUUUCUCAUUUAGCUUAAAUUAUUUUAUAAAAUAUUUCCAAGUUCCAUUCACAACAAAGUUGUGCACCUGUUAGUAUUUCUACAGAUAUUAUUGAAUUAAAACCACUGUAGAAGUGUCAGUUGUUGCAGUUUAA